AUGGCUGAUGAAAAGCCCAAGGAAGGAGUCAAGACUGAGAACAAUGAUCAUAUUAAUUUGAAGGUGGUGGGGCAGGACGGUUCUGUGGUGCAGUUUAAGAUUAAGAGUCAUACACCACUUAGUAAACUAUUGAAAGCCUAUUGUGAACGACAGGACACACCUGCACAAUUGGAAAUGGAGGCUGAAGAUACAAUUGGUGUGUUCCAGCAGCAGACAGGAGGUAUCUACUAAAAAAGGGAACCUGCUACUUUACUCCAGAAUUCUGUUCCUCCAGACCAAGAAGACAUUCUCAAUUAGAAAACCGCAAUUUGGUUCCACCACAUC